GUAACGUAAAUCACAUAAAAUUGUACAUAGAUUAACCGCUGUUCACAGUAGCAUAUGUUAUGGAACAAAAUGUGUGACUGUGAUAUGAAUCAUAUUACACAGAUCAAAAUAUAAUUAGUGUUGACUAUAGACCCAGGAGUAGCUUUGUAAGUGUGUGCAGUGGAAAGAGAAUCUCUUUGAUAUUGAAAUGUCGGUUGGAAUGUAGUUCCAUAUACAUGUUACCAGCCAAACAAGGACGAUCAACAAAUACACUAAUAGUGGCAGAGCUCUCAGAAUUAUUUUUGAUUCUGGGUGGGGUUGGAUCUCUGUCAUGGCAGUAGAGGGGCAGAUUCGCAGCAGUAGUACGAGUAUUUAUUAUUUAAAGCUGGGAGAGAAAGCAGGACACAGCAGACAGAGCAGACAAAUAUCAAAACCAGACUAGAAAGUAGAAACGGGGCUCCCCCUUCCUUUCUAACUUCCCAUUGAAUGCUGCUGGCCUUUUGUCUUCUCUCUCUGGUUAUACCAACGGGCUUCUCUCGCUUUACCAGUAGUAGUACAGUACUAAAGCUUUUGUGGGGCUGCUGUGACAGAGUUGACUUGAUUAAAAGCUGCAGAAAAUUCUUCUGAUAAUUGAUUCUCCCCCCUGUUUGAUAUGUCUAAUGCCACAAUUGAAUUUGCGCAGGAUGUCACAGCUGCAACUCGGGGAACAUGAGGUGGAAGGGAGAGCAGGAGGUGGUGGCGCGACCACGAAAUGCAUUCCGAGGAAGCUGCCCAAGGCAGGGGCGGCGGCGACGCCGAGUCGGAAAGAGAAGGAGAAGAUUAGCCACCAGGACGAUGGGAGUAAUAGCAGGGAGGGUGGUGGUGGAGGAGGGAGCAAGAGAUUUGAGCCGACCACCAUCCGACAAGUAGAGGAAACCCGAAAGGAUGGAAGCAAAUAGUAAAAAUGUUUGACGGCAGAUAGUCUCCUUUACACUUAAUGGAAGGGAAUGCAUGUUUUUUGCUAUAUGUACAUGACUAAAAAUGUUGCUGUUAGUGGUAGCAGUUAUAUAUAGUUCAUAUAUUAGUGGGGCCUGAAGCUGAAGACCACCAAGUUAACUUAACUGGCACGGCAGGGCGAGUAGGACAUCCAUGGUGGGAGUCUGGGAGAGGGAAUUAAGAGGGGGAAAUGCGUGCUUUUGGGAAAUCAAGAAAAAAGGGUCAAAGAAAGGAGAAGAAGAGUUAGCUUUUGUUUUAACUAUUUUCAUCGUUACGUUCUGUUUUGUGGAAGGUUGCGAAAAUGUCUGCUAGGUUGAGAUCAUGGCGCGCCUUGGUGUCUGUAGUAUUCAGAAACUAAUGCAUGGAGCAAUGUAGAAAUGUCAAAUAAUCAGGGUUGUCACGCCGGCCGGCGUGCCACCGGUUGUACCUGGUUCAACCUGUACCGGUCAUAAAACCGGUGUGACACCAUCGGUAUGACCGGCAUGAUCGAUAUACGAAUCUCUAAGUAAAAUAACCUUAUUUUAGUGACUUUAAUUGUUAAAAAUUAUUUUAUUAUUUAUUUUAUGAGUAUAAAUGUUAAAUAUUGAU